GGUGGCACUGACUGGCACUGAUGGGUGACACUGAAAGGCAGCUCAGAUGGGCACUGAUAUGUGGCAUUGAUGUGCACUGGUAGGCACUGAUAUUUGGCACUGAUGGGCACUGGCACGAGGCACUGAUGAGCACGGACAUAAAGCACUGAUGGACACUGACAGGUGGCACUGCUGGGGCUACACUGAUCAUCAGGGCACACUGAUCAUCAGUGCCCUGAUGAUCACUGUCAGCGUAGAGUCUGCAAACUGGGAUAUAGUAUAUGAA